UUUCAAAACAUGAAUCCCACCGGACCGGAAAACCGCUCGUUUUGUAUGCCUGUCGCGAUAUGAUGACGUAAACCGUCUGGUUAUUUGUAUUGUUUUGGCUAUUGCAAUUUCCCUUCUACAGAAUAUAUCCUGCAUCAUUCGUUUAAGAUCAAAUUAAAGCUCAAUCCUCAGAGAGGUCCGAGGUCAUGGAAGAGCAGAGUAACUCACCUGGAGCGAACACAGAUAACGGCAGCCAAAGGAAUGGAGAGGAGAAGCCACGCAGGACCAGCUGGACAAAAGGGAGGAAGAGGAAGAAGCCGAUGAAGGACAGUAACGCUCCCAAAGCCCCGUUAACAGGAUAUGUGCGGUUUAUGAACGACCGUCGAGAGCAGCUGAGGGCCGAGAGACCAGACGUGCCCUUCCCAGAAAUCACUAGGAUGCUCGGAAACGAGUGGAGCAAGCUGCCUCCUGAGGAGAAACAGCGCUAUUUGGAUGAGGCAGAGAAAGAUAAGGAGCGCUACAUGAGGGAGCUGGAGAAGUAUCAGCAGACAGAAGCCUAUAAGCAUUUCAAAAGGAAGGUGCAGGAAAAACAGAAGGGGAAAAGACUCCGAGGAGACGUAGGCCGACAGGCUGCCCGGGAAGCUCUUCACGAGAAUGAUGGAGGUCUGAAGGAUCGCUCAGUGUUUGAUAUUCCCAUCUUCACUGAAGAGUUUCUUAACCACAGUAAAGCACGCGAGGCGGAGCUGAGGCAGUUGCGCAAGACCAACAUGGAGUACGAGGAGCGUAACGCAGCUCUGCAGAAACACGUGGAGAGCAUGCGCAGCGCCGUGGAUCGUCUGGAGGGAGACGUGUUGCAGGAGCGCACACGCAACAGCCUGCUACAACAGCACCUCGACCAGCUGCGCUCAGCGCUCACAAACAGCUUCUCCAACAUGCCACUGCCUGGCAGCGGAGAGACAGCCAGCCUGGACUCCAUCGACUCCUACAUGAAGAAGCUCCACAGUAUUGUGAUGUCCAGCCCCCAGGAGCACGAGCACCUCAUUAGCUUGGUGCGGGACGUGGUUAACUGCCUCGACAGGUCACAUGGAACCUGGAGUCUAUCGCAAGUGACUCAGGGAACAAGGCAGGAAACAUACUGGACAGGGUGCAGAAUCAUUACAAAGCAAACACACACACACACACACAUACACACACAGGCCAUUUAUAGAUGUCUAUCAGCCUACAUUACAUGUCUUUGGACUGAGGGAGGAAACCAGACAACCAAGAAGAAACCCGCAAAACAUAGGGAGAACAUGGAAAGCUUAAAAUCAUUUACCAAAAGAACAUGUAAAUACAGAGUCUUUAAAACAUUCAGGAUCUUCUAGCUGGAGGCUGGCUGGAGCCUGAACCAGGGCUUUAAUCAAGAUUAGUCCUUGAUAUGGUUCAUUAAGAGUCCCCAUCUAUCAUGGCAUCUCAAGACGUCACGAUUGGGUUGGCAGAGGAAUUACCAUCGCCCUUCCUAAGUCCAUUUCCAGCAUUGCACUCAGCUCCACCUGCAGCCACCCACCCUGUCAGCAGGGGCCCAGAUGUCAAUGCAUAUGGAUUGCAUCCAGAUAGGGACAUUAAUCACAACCAACCCAGCAGAUAAGAAGAACUAGAACACUUUACAGCUUUAAAAGAUGGAGGACAAAGGAAUGAUAAAAUACUAGUUGUUUAACAGAACAAAGAGAAAAUCACAAAGACUUAUAAUAAAGUCACAACCAAGAAGUAAAGAAGAGAUCUGAUCAUGAAAAUAUAUAAUUAUAAUGACAAGGAUAGACGUUAUGAACUGUGUUCAUCAAAAAUAAAUUUCUCUAGUAAAUAAUUAUCUAUUUGUAAAUGGAAAGGAUAUUUUGGUGUCACUGUUAGCUCCACGUUCCUUUUCCACCUAAGCUACACUACAUGACCCAAAGUUUGUGCACAACUGACCAAUUUGGAAAUAAAGUGUGUUCUUUAAAAGAAA